AUGGCGAGAACCACGGUGCUGAUCACCGGCUGCUCCUCGGGCAUCGGGCUGGGCCUGGCCGCGCGCCUGGUCCUAGCAGAGUUGAUCGAGCCGUACGAGCUGCGGGCGGCGAAGCUGCGCGAGUUCCUGGAGGACGUGAAGCCCUCGCUGCGUUACGACAUCGUGCCUCUGGUCGACCCCUACGGCCCCUCCAUCACGGACCCCGACCUGCAGUGCUUGGUGGUCAGCGAGGAGACCCGCCGGGGAGGGGAGGCCGUGAACAAGAAGAGACUUGAAAAUGGGCUCCCCGAGCUGACUCUCUAUGAGAUCCUGUUGAUGAAGGACCCUGACCACAGUCCAAGCGAGGAGGAGAAGAUCAGCUCCUCCAGCCUGAGGCAGAGGCUGCUGGGGACGCUGCCGCGGGCCCCCCGGGAAGACCCUGCCUUGCCUUUGCGCCCGUACGUGAUCGGCCUGACGGGAGGAACCGGGAGUGGGAAAACCUCCAUUGCCAAACUCCUGGGGCAGCUGGGAGCCUUCCUCAUCGACGCCGACAAGCUGGGCCACGCUGUCUAUGUCCCCGGGGGCCCUGCCUACGAGCAGGUGGUGGCAGCCUUUGGGGCAGAAAUUGUGAAUGAAGAUGGGACAAUUAACAGGAAAGUCCUUGGGGCCAAAGUGUUUGGAAACCAGGAGCAGCUGAAGAGUCUCACGGACAUUGUGUGGCCUGAGAUAGCCCGGAUGGUCAAGGAGCAGAUCAGAGAGGCAGAGGCUCAAGGAAGGGCCGUGUGUGUGCUGGAUGCUGCUGUGCUGCUGGAGGCCGGCUGGCAAGACAUGGUCCAUGAGGUGUGGACGGCCAUCAUCCCCGAGGAGGAGGUGGGAGAAGCCCCUGGGCCCCUCGCUGUGCCGGGGCUGGGCCUCCAGUUCCCCAGCAGCACCUGA